AUGGCUGAGAUUCAACCUACAGGGCUUGCAGUCGCGCCCGUGUUUGAUGUGGCUGGCCCGGCGGUGACUGCACCUGCGACGCUUCACCAGCGCGAUCUUUUCGGUCGCCAAAACAACUAUGAUUCCUGCGGCUACUACUCUCUCCCAGACAACGGAUGGGCUACCUGGCAAUGCGGCGAAGAGAACGCCUGGACUACGACCUGCAAAACCAUCGGCUCGCAUUUCGGCUGCUUCCAGAACAUCUACACGACAUGUUACCCCAGUGCAUCUAGCUGCGACAGUACCAACGCGCGUGCCCUUUGUUGCACUGAGGAUACCAACUUCCCGUACUGCGCGACAGGCAUCAAGCCCCUCGAAGGCGGCGAUGGCGACGAACUAUCCAUAUACCUCUGCGGCAAGACCGAACAACAGGUCCCCUUCUACGAGUCGACCGUUGUCAGGAUCACGACGGGUAGUACGACCGAGGAACAGACACUUACCAGUAUCGAUACCACCAGGGGCGUCGUAAUUGUCACCAAGACGGCUGAGCCCUCACCUGAACCGGAUGAUAAGUCUAGUACUCCAAUCGGGGCCAUUGUUGGAGGCGUUGUCGGCGGUGUCGCACUGAUCGCCAUCUUGGGAUUGGCAUUUUGGUUCCUUCGACGCAAGAAGGGUAACAAGGAGGUGGCGACGACGCCUGCGGCUCCCGCCCCUGCACCUGGAUUCUCUCCUCAGCAACAACAACAGCAAAUGGGCUACCAACAAGGCGUGCCUCCUCCGGUCGUCUACGAUUACAACAACAACAACUACGCCGGCUACCCGGUCCAGGGCUCCCCGCCUCCCCCAAGCGAUCCUCGAUACAGCCAAAUGCCUGUAGGGGGCAUGAGCCCUCCACCUCAGAGUCCUCCCAUCGAGUACUAUAAGCCAGUCGCUUCGCCCGUUUCCGAACUGCCCGCCACUUCUUCCCCUCACGACAACACACCCGUGUCUGAGCUGCCCGCCGACAUGGGGAAUCUGCCGAUCAUAUCGUCAUUAUGA